UGAAUAUUAAAUGCAAAAAAAGUUGGGCCAACCAAAAUGAAAUUUUUUGCUCUCAAGAUAACAUACAAGUAAACUCACUCCUCCCUUAAUUUUCCUCUGUUCAACCUCAAACAUGAAGAAAACUCACAUAAUAGUGUCAUCUAGAUUUGCAACUAUGUUUACACACCUCUUAAUAUUGUUCUUCUUUUUCUUCAUCCAUUUAACAUUUUGUGAUGAUUCUACAAACAUCCUCCUUAAUUGUGGUUCAUAUGGAUUAUCAACCUACAAUGGUGUAAGUUGGAUAGGAGACAUUGGAACACCUUUCUUUCCUCAACCAUAUGACACAAUUUCAUCAACAACACUCUUAAACUCAAGCACACACAAAGUAGCACCAAAAAUCCCAUAUUCAACUGCAAGAAUAGUUCAUCAUUCUUCAUUGACCUACUCAUUCCCUUUCUCUUCCAAUGGCCUUAAAUUCAUUCGUUUAUACUUUCUCUCAACUUCAUAUUUACCAAUAGAGUAUUCAAAUUCCAACUCCUAUUUUUCGGUUAAAUCCGGUCCUUACACUCUUGUUAACAAUUUCAAUCCAUUACUUGCUUCACAAGAAAUCGAAUCACCUUAUAUCACUAAGGAUUUCUUUGUUAACAUCAAAGAAAAGAAACUCAACAUUACUUUCACUCCAUCUCCUCAAAUUCAUAAAGCUUUUGCUUUUAUAAAUGGAAUUGAAAUAUUCUCAGUACCUAACAAUUUAUUCUCUCAUGCUUCAAAUUACAAGGUUCAUGUUCCUUAUCUUGGACGAAAAGAGCCGUUUAUUAUCAGCCAUGAAUAUGCUUUUGAGAAGUUUUACAUGGUCAACAUGGGUCAUAAUUACAUAGAGAAUAAAAAUGCAUUUGGGUCAUGGUUAGAUGAUAUCAACUACAUAUCUGGUUCACAAGAUGGAACUGUUCUUGUCAUGAAGGAUGCUAGAGUUAAUAUGAAUCGAAGUUUUCUCGAUUCGAAUGACUAUAACUAUUCAGCACCUGAAGAAUUAUAUUGGUCAGCAAGAACAAUGAGUAGUAGCAAUGGUGAUUCCAAUAUAAGGUACAAUUUAACAUGGUCAUUUCGUGUUGAUUCUGGAUUCAAGUAUCUUGUUAGGCUUCAUUUCUGUGAGAUAUCGAUGUCGGUAACAGAUAUUAAUCAGAGGGUUUUUGAUGUUUAUAUAAACAACCAAACAGCAGAGGAGAAAUUGGAUUUAGUUGCUUUGGCUGGUGAACCUUUUACUCCUUUGUAUAGAGACUAUGUUGUAAUGGUUCCUAUAGAGACCAUGUUGAUAUCACUUCAUCCGAAUUUGGAGUCGAAACCAAAGUAUGCUGAUGCUAUAUUGAAUGGUGUUGAGAUUAUCAAGUUAAGUGAUAGCAAUUAUAAUCUUGCUGCAAGUUUCCAAUUGAAGAAUGAAAAACUACACAAUAAGAAGAAAUUUCCAAUUUUUUUUGUUGUUGUAGCUAGUACUUUAGGUUCCACUUUGGGACUUUUCAUAACAUUUUUCAUUCUUAGAAGAAAAGGGUGGACAAGAAUAAAUUGGGGAACUUUGAAUUCUACCGAAAAAGGUGAAGAAAAGAUUCAAGUAAAGGUGAUAUCAGGUAAUUGUUAUCAAUUCACUUUAGCAGAGAUUAUAUCGGCAACAAACAACUUCAAUGAUGAUCUAGUCAUUGGUGAAGGUGGUUUUGGAAAGGUAUACAAAGGAAUCAUCAUGCUUGAUGAAGAGACUAGUGUGGCGAUAAAGCGUGCUAAACCGAGUUCACGGCAAGGACUUAAGGAAUUUCAAAAUGAGAUCAAUUUUCAUUCAUUUUAUCACAUGAAUUUAGUGUCAUUGUUGGGCUAUUGCCAAGAGAGCAUUGAACUUAUACUUGUGUAUGAAUACAUGGAUCAAGGUCCACUUUGUGAUCAUUUAUACAAGAAACAGAAGCAACCACUUCCAUGGAAUAAAAGACUAGAGAUUUGUGUUGGUGCAGCUAGAGGAAUCCAUUACCUUCAUACAGGUAGAAAGAAUCCGGUGAUUCACCGCGAUAUAAAGUCGUCGAACAUAUUAUUGGAUCAGAAUUUGGUACCAAAGAUUGCAGAUUUUGGGUUGUCUAGAAUGGUUAAUUCUAUUUACCACACUCAUGUUAGCACUCAGGUUAAAGGUACAUUUGGAUAUUUAGACCCUGAGUACUAUAAGAGAAGAAAAGUAAGUGAAAAAAGUGAUGUUUAUUCAUUUGGGGUGGUUUUGUUUGAAGUAUUGAGUGGAAGACCAGCUGUGAAUUCUAUGGCAGUGGAAGAGGAAAAUGAGAAAGUUGGUUUGGUAGAAUGGGCCAUGAGUUGUUACCAAAGUGGAACUAUUGAUAAAUUGGUUGAUUCUUGUUUAGAAGGAAAAAUAGGUCAAGAAUGCUUAAUGGCCUUUGUGGAAAUUGGUGUUAAGUGCUUGGCUAACAAGAGUUCAGAAAGGCCAACUAUGGGAGAGGUGGUAAGUAAUUUGGAGAAAAUUCUUUCCUUGCAAAAGAGUUUGGAGGGACAAGAUGUCAAUACAGAUCAUAUUGAUAAGUAACAUCGACACUUCUGAUUAAAUGUGUGUUUGGUAUCUUACACAUGUUAAUGUUUGACACUAACACAAACAUUGUCACGUGUAACUAACUAAUGUAUUACAUGAGAUCAGACAACUUGAAUUGUCAAACAAGUCGGUUGUCGGGCAACCACACCUUGAUUCCCAAGCAAUGUAAAUUUUUUUUAUAUCGAAACAAAUUAUUAUAUUUCUCGUCAA